AUGCCGUUCGUGAGUAAAGGCACUGGACGAAGGAGUCAUUCGAAGGUUUGGUCCACGGGAUGUUCUGCUCGCGUGUGUUUGAGACUGAGUGGAAAUGGGUUUCACUUGGUGGUGUCCGCGUCUGGAGCUCAUGAUCACGCUUUGACAGAGCAUCAAUGGUAUAGUUACGCUGAGAAUCGUCGCAUUGAGGACCCCCAAUUGCGUGAAGAUAUAGCAGUCCUGUCCAAGGCUGGAGCUAAGCCGCGCGGAAUUUUAUCUUAUCUUCGGGCGAAGACAGGGAAACUUAUGCUGUUGAAAGAUGUCCACAACUUGAUUCACGGAGUGAAAAAGACCUUUCGUGGUGGCAGAACAGAUGCUGAAAGAGCUAUUGCUGUACUAGAUGAGUUCAUCGAGAGUGCUACUGGAAACACGGCCGAGUGCAUCGUCGACAGUGAGACCAACGUCAUCCGUGUGGUGACUUUCCAGUCGGCGCGUCAGAAACGAUUGUUUGCUGCUUUCCCUGAGGUCGUGCUGGUGGAUUCAACCCAUGGGACUAACGUAAAUCGGUAUAAGCUGUUUAGCUUUGCGGUACACGAUGUCUUUGGCGUUGCAGCGGGGCUGCCGUAG